AUGGCGGACCGCAGCUGGGUCGACGACCUCGACGAGGACUGGAUAUCGCAGCCACGCUCGUCCUCCCCGAUCAUGCCGCACCACUCACCUUCUCAAGCAGGCACGGUCAACGUGCAGCGCCAUCCGCAGCAGCAGCAUUAUACCCACACCAACAAUGGCACGACGAACCGGCACAUGCGGCGACGGAGCAGUGAUACCCUGGGCAGUGGUGUAUCCAAUUCCUACGGGACCACGCAGCUGCACAACAGCCGGCGGACCGCGGAUACCCCCGAGUGGAAACGCCAUCUGAUGCGGAAUUUUGAUCCGAGUGCCGGCGGCAAGGAUUUGUUCUCGCCGUUGGAGCUGGAGAGCCUUUUCCGGCCGCCGACGGCGCCGCGCUCGUCCUCGCCUGGCCUGCCGUCGAAAACUCACCAUUAUCAGCCGCAGCAGGAACAACAGCUGCAACACCACCAGCAGCAGCAACAGCAGCAACAGCAGCAACAGCAACAGAGUUUCCCGGGCCUACCACCGCCGAAAUCACCGCGGAGGAGUUAUCUACAGGCACCGCAUUCCUCCGGAUUUCCAUCUGGGCUGUCGACGCUCGCGGAGGAGACGGGAAGCGGCAGUGUAGCGGGUGCACUGGAGCCGAUAAAGCAGAGUAUUCCGCAACGUCAAGAUGCGGGUGGAAAACCGGUACUGAGGCCGCUGAACCGCCAUUCGCUAAUGUCAAACGGACUCCGCCGAACGCAGUCUUCUCCCGCGGCGGAACGAGCGUCGGAAAGGUUCGAGAGGUUCUCGGAGGGCCUGAAGGGGAGGCGGAAAGUCACGGGGUUUUAUUCGGAUGUCAACGGCGGCGGCGUGGAGCAUGGUGCGGCUGCGGGUACAGGUGUGGGCGCGGGUGCGGCUGCGGAUAGGGCUUCCGUCGCCUCAAGUUCGCACUCAUCACGGCAGUCGCAGGAGUCGAGUGAUGACCGAAGGGAUGAGAGUAUUUCCCCGGUUUCAGUGGGGGCCGCUGGGUUCAACAGCAACCCCGGUUUCCCGGUGCUACGGCGUGGAAACAGCAAUCCCGAGCCGGAUCGGUCGUCUCGUCGGAGCAGGAAUGGGUACUAUAGGGAUCGGGAAGAUACGGCGGAGGAGACGCACAGUGAUACUGCGAGUGUGGGGAGGUUCAUGCAUGCAGAAGCUUCGGUGUAUCCGUCCAGUCCGCCCAUACCCGGCCAGUACAUGCUCAGGCGAGAGUAUAGCAGGGGGCGCGGGGAUAGGUUGAUGGAAGAGGAUGAAGAGGAGGACGAGCAUCCGGACGACCAGCACUAUAUUGAGGACGGGCAUCCGGACGACCAGCAUUACAUUGAGGACAACCACUACAUGGAGGAAGAGGAAGAGGAGGACGAGGACACUGGGUCUUCUCUUCCUGCGGCAUUCAUUGCUCCCCGGAGACCACCGCCGACACCACCGUUUCCGGACAGGCGUUCCGUGCUUCAAAGCAGCUCCAACAGUGCAGAUCCCGAUGGUAACGGCUUGCUCAGUAAUAUCCGUAACCAUCGGGACGCUCCAAAGUCGAAGUCACCUGUGAAGUCUAUGGUGGGAGUAUUCAGCCAUAGUAAUAGCAAUACGGCGGCUUCGAGCGGUGAUGAGGUUGAAUCAUAUUUCACGUCGAAAUCUUGCCGGUACACGCCCGAGUUUCGGACCAAGACUCCACUCGAUUCCUCUGAAGGCCAAAGACGCCUCGAUUCCUCCGAAGGCCAAAGACAGGGGAACGGAGGAAGUCCGUUGAAGCUGUUUAGUGGUGCCUACGACACCUACACGAACGAGAAGCUGCGCAAGCGACUAGGCGAGUUGGAAGAGAGCGAGGACAAUCGUGAGGAGUUGCCCAGGGCCAACCGAAGAAUCAGCUUCAAUGGCUCGGACGGCGACUCGAUGGAUGGACGGAGCGAUCGAGACUUUUCCGGUGGAAGCAUGGUGGUGAACCGUCUCGAGAAGAUGGCACGGCAGACCGAAAAACGGGAAUCUCCUCCGCCCGGCACUAAGUAUGUCAGGCGACACAGCAAGACCGUUCGGUACGGAGCCGCCACAAAGGACGAGCAGCUCACGGCCACCACUACCACUACCACCUCGACAAAAAUCGUGAACGGUCGCGACCGCAACCGAACCCGCCAUCACCGUCACCAGCGCCAGUUGUCUGCUCUUCCGGCGUCGUCCUCUGAUCGGCCAUCGCAAUCGCCCACGAGCGGCCGUAAGCAUCGCCGUUGGCGGUCAGACGAGUCGUCGGCCGCAAAUGACGGCGUUGCAGGGCCAAUAAGUCCAGUUAAAGAGCGCACGCCCAAAAGGCUGCGACGUGACUCUGUUAUCGUCCCGCCACGACCAGGCUCCAGCGGUACUCCAAAGCAUUACUUCCAGAGUCCUGCAGCUAGCCGACGUCGAAUAUAUGCAGGAAUCGAGGAGGGAAGCAUCCUUGCCAGCUCGCGACGAAAGCAACGGAGCAGGGCGAAUUCCAAAGAAUCCCAGGUUUCAGCUAAAAGAGCAGUGCAUCCUGUCGCGGUGCCUAGUGGAACGUCGCCAUCGCCCACACCUAGGAAAAAGAAGCACCACAUCCUGAAGAAUACCAGAGAGCUUGGGAUCGCGCCGUCAACAGCUGCACCGCUUAAUGGUCAGAACGGCCAUCCCCGGAAAAUCAUCUUCAGUGGGAGUAAGGGUGACGGCAUGCAGGGGGAGAGUUUCGAAAUGCCCACCCCUCCCAGAGAUGCCCAUCUCGGCGCACGAAGGGACAGCAUCACGACAAAAGAUUUCCUUGAGCAAGCAGAGGCCGUGAUGGCCAGACUCCGUGGACUGGGGCUGAGUAACGACAAUAAUGACAACGGUGAUGAUAGCCGGGGGGGAGAGGGUGACCGUUCCACUGUUUCGACCAGCAUGAGACUUCACGCCGUAGCAAUCAAACUCAAUAACAACCGAUGUGGCGACCAGGGUGCAUAUCCCAGCAUUCAUGCAGCACCGCCAGUCGAACGCGAACGCGAGCGCGAGCGGCAAGACGGAGACUUUGGCUUUUCUCGAUCGUCCAAAUCAUCGCGCACCUCGGUCAGAGUCAUCUCGAACGUUCCGGAAGUUCUGGCGCACCGCCUCGCGACAAAGACCGCGAUCGCGAACGACAUGACGUUCGACAAAGUCGCGCACGCCUGGGUAUCGAGGACGCCUAUUAAGGAAGGCGAGGAGGAUCCGCUGCGCGACAUCUCGGACCUGACGGUGGACUCGAAGGAGGAGGAACGCGCGCUGAACCUGGCGAAGGCUCACCUGCGGCUGUUUGGGUGUACACCGGAUGGCGAGAAGAGCGGGGUUUGGAGGAGCUCGAGGGCUAUGGACGAUACGGAAUUGCGCGAGAUGAGGGCGGGAGGCGAUAGCUGUGCUGUCGGUGGCACUUGGGAUGAGUCGCAUUGGGGCCGGUCCCAGCCGCUGAGCUCGAGCGUGGGAAGCAACAGCUCGCAGAGGAGCAAUGAGAGCGGGUUCGGCGCGAACAUCGUCAGGACGGAAACGAGAACUACGAGCUAUGGGACCGAUGAGAAUAUUGAGGAUGAUAAGAAAAAAACCGAGACGACGCAACAUGAUCACGACAGUAACGAUAAAGACGAAGGGGAAGAACCCAACGAUAAAGAUGGGACGGAUGCACAAAAGUCUUCCGCCAGGUUUGCGGACGACGCGUUUGCUUCCUCGCCUUUGAAACGCGAAAUGAGGAUGGAUGAUGUUAACGAUGAUGAUGUGGACGGAUUUCUGGAGCACGGCUCCCUACGGCGAUCUGGCCGCAAUAACCCUUCGGUCGGCUCGUAUCGGAAUACUUCCCGGCGCAAGUCGCUGGGAAAGACCUUUAUCGGACGGCCCAUUUCCAGGAUCACCGAGGAGGAGGAAGAAGUGGCGCUGAAGUUCCGUCGCCCGGUCAUGGAGCGCCCCAUGGAGCGCGAGUUUAGAAGGUCGUUCAGCAGUGCUCUGACUCCUAUACGAUCACCGUACGAAAGUCAGCUGGCAACGGCCCCGCCCUCAGUGAAGAACAAGGGAGACGUCUCUUACUAUAUGUCGCCGCUUCCUGAUCUUUCGUACCGGUUCGAGACUACCGAGGCUUUGGUUACGUUGGAGCUCUCAUAUAUCACCUCCCGUCGGGGUCCCAAGGCCACGUCCAAGGCUGUCGAGGCAUCGUUUUCCAUCGCCCAGGCGAAUCUCGUCAAACACCUGACGGACGUGGAGCCGUACGAUCCGUACUGGGAUUUCAUCAAGUGUCUCAAGCUCUCUGAUCGGAAACUGGAGACGUUGCACACUCUGAACGAAUGGUGUCCUCGGAUAUCCGAGUUGGAUGUGAGCAACAAUGAUCUGGGACAGCUGAGCGGGGCUCCGGAUAGUGUCCUCACCCUCAACGCGCAGCAAAAUUGUCUCAGUAACGUGACAUUCUUUGGCCACCUGCUCAAUCUGCAGUACCUCGACGUCUGCGGGAACGGGUUGGAGAAUUUGGAGGCGCUGAGAGCUUGCAUCCAUCUUCGCGAGAUCAAGGCGGACGAUAAUCAGUUGACGAGUAUUAGCGGGGUCUCCUCGAUUGCGGGGUUGAUGUCGUUGAGGUGCCGCCGUAAUCGCUUGGAGCGCGUUGAUCUCUCCAAGUCUGAGUUGACUCGCUUGGCUGAGCUCGACCUCCGUGCGAACCGUAUCGUCGAAAUCAAGGGUCUAGAGGCACUUCCAUCACUCAUCCACCUAAACUUAGACCAGAAUUGUCUCGCUACCCUCUCCCUCCCGUCCGGAAUCAAGCUCAAUACUAUUCGUUCGAUAAAGUUGACGCAAAACUCGUUUACUUCCUUCGACGUUGGACCAUUUCCCAAUGUUCGCAUCCUGUACAUGGACAACAACAAGCUCUCGCACGUGUCCGGUCUCACCAGGGCGAAAUCCAUUGACGCGGUGUCAUUCCGAGACCAGGCUACGAUCUCGGGAACAUUCGAUCUGGAUGUAGCGCGUAUGUUCGAGUCACGGAAGCUCUACCUUUCAUCCAAUCCGGUCGCCGCACUCAAUCUUAAGGCUAGCUUCCUCAACCUUCAGCUCCUGGAGAUGGCCGGAUGUCAUCUGCGGGCUCUGCCAAAGAAUAUCGCGUCACUGAUUCCGAACGUGCGCGUGCUCAACCUCAACUACAACGCGAUACCAGAUAUCCGUCCGCUCGCUGGGCUCACGCGAUUAGUAAAGCUCUCGUGCGCUGGGAACCGCAUCUCGAACGUCAAGAAGCUUGGCCAGGCACUCGAGCGCUGUCGCGGGAUCAAGUGGGUGGACUUCCGCAAUAAUCCGGUUACUGUCGGCUUCUAUCCACCCAUCACAACGGUCACAAAGCCGGCCGCCGAAGACUACGCUAAAGACCCGUUCGAGAUCGUCGAGGCGGAGGAGGAGAAGGAUGCUGCGCAUGUGGCCAGACUGGACCUGGACACGAGGUGCGAACGGAAGCGGUACUGGCUCGUCGUUGCGGCGGCGUGUAGGAAGCUGCGCGGCUUCGAUGGUCUGCUGUUUGUGAGGGAGGAUGUCGAGGUCGAGGAUGACGUCUGGAAGGAGUGCGUUAAGCGUGGCUGGCUGGUUGUUGGGGAUGCCGUGGAGAAGGAGGUUCAUGAGUAG